GUAGGCGAGAGUGGUUUGGGAAAGACUACUUUCAUGAACACCCUUUUCAACUCGGACCUUAAAGAGGAGAUCCUGCCCAGAAACCCACAGCAUACACAGACGGUACAGAUUCAGCCCUCGCACUACGAGCUGAUUGAGGACGGGGUCCUUUUGAACCUCUGCAUCGUCGACACUCCAGGAUUCGGAGACCAAAUGAACCGUGAGCACAAUGUCGAACCCAUCAUGGAGUAUAUCGACCGCCAGUUCGAGGAGUAUAUGACCGCUGAGCGUCACCCUGGAUUCCGACAGACAAUCCCCGAUACUCGAAUCCACGCCGUACUGUACUUUAUCGCCCCGAAUGGCCAUGGCCUGAAGGAACUCGAUGCUAAGGCUCUGAAGUCUCUCUCAGCAAAGGUCAAUGUGAUCCCUGUCAUCGCUAAGGCGGAUACCAUGACGGUCGAGGAAAAGGUGUCGUUCAAGGCCAUCUUGUUGCGUGACUUGGAAUACCACCGUAUCAAGACAUUUCCUUCCUCCUAUCAGGACGAAGUUGACGGCGCCGAAGAUCUCCUUCAACACAUUCCAUUCUCUGUCAUUGGAAGCGAUAGUAUGACGGAUGUUGGUGGCAGAAGGGUGCGCUGCAGGACAUAUCGCUGGGGCGUGGUUGAAGUUGAAAACGCGGAACAUUCCGACUUUGUCUACUUGAGAGAGCUGCUCAUGUCGACCUGCCUGCACGAUCUGGUUGAGACCACCCACAGUGUUCAUUAUCAUAGGCACCGCGGAGAUGCCCUUCGCGCC